AUAAUGGAUAAGGAGAAAAUCUCCUUCGACAAGAUAAACCAGAAACCCAAAUCCACGAGAAUCAACCACUAUGGCCACAGCAAUCACACCAUUGGCGUUCUUCUCCGCCGCCGCCGCAUCCACCGGGACAACCGCCCCAAAACCUCCGCAAACUCCGCCGCUACCAAAGCCCCAAAUUCCCAUCCUCCAAUCUAAACCUCCACUUUCAACAUCAACUGCCCCAAUCUCCAUCGCAGCCACCACCAUCGCCGUAGCCGCGAUCCUGAGCACCACUCCGCCGUCCCUUGCAGACACCGGCGCCGCUUUUAACGUCUAUUACGGCACUGCCGCCAGCGCCGCCAACUACGGCGGCCUUGGCGGGAACGCCAGCAAGAAAGACACAGCGGAAUACAUCUACGACGUGCCGGAAGGCUGGAAAGAGCGAUUAGUAUCCAAGGUCGAAAAAGGCACGAACGGAACCGACAGCGAAUUUUACAAUCCGAAGAAACGAACAGAGAAAGAAUACCUAACUUUCCUGGCUGGAAUCCGGCAAUUGGGGCCGAAGGAUGUGAUUCUGAAUAACUUAGCGUUAUCUGACGUGAAUUUGCAGGAUCAGAUCGCGAGCGCGGAGAGCUUCUUGGCGGAGGAGAAGAAGGAUGAGAAUGGACAGAUUUAUUAUGUGUAUGAGAUCGACGGCGCCGGAACUCACAGUUUGAUAUCGGUGACUUGUGCGAAGAACAAGCUGUAUGCGCAUUUUGUGAAUGCACCGACGCCGGAGUGGAAUCGAGACCAGGAUAUGCUUCGGCAUGUUCAUGAGUCAUUCAAGACGAUCGGAUCGUAUUAGCUAGCUUUUGUGGCGUCCUCGGAGAGUGUAUGAAUUUGUUGUUAUAUGCUUAUUCUUGAAUGAUGGAAAUCUGAUGCUUAUUUUCACCAUUCACACUCAUCUCUCCCGUCUCUGUUUUUCUGAAUUUCAUCAAGAAUUUUGUUCAUACAAACCAAAAGUUUUCGGAGGAUAAUUUGUAUGUAUAAAUUGAUCCAGACUGAACUAUGUA